AUCAGUAUUUCAGUAUAAGUCAAAGAAGCGGUAAUUGAAAUAUUUAAAGUACUUGCGCCAAUACUUAGUGCCCCACAACACAACGAAAUACAUUGAUAAGGCGAAGUGCGUUUGAACAAUAGAAUUUACACUGUGAGUCAGUAUUUCGAUUGCACUGUAUCGCUUAACCGAUAAGCAGAUCAGAUAACGAAUUCCUUUUUGUAUAAUACUACGUAGGAUCUAUUUAAAGUGUAUUAGAUAUUUGGUGAGCGAACACAAUUUAUCUGUUGCCAGCUGGUUAGUAGUCCGGAUCAUAAGAAGUUUUGCAGCUGUUUUGAAAAAUAAAGUAAAUUACAUAACACAUUGUUCUUGGUAAAAUGAAUAAGAAAGACAGAAAACCUGACUCGAAAGGGAAUGUCUCGCGAAAAGGUGACGUGACUGAAAUGACCAUCUCGUCACCGUUUGGAGUUACCCAUGAUGUCCAUAUUAAACCGAGUGACGUGCAAGAAAUGAAUAUCUCGUCUCCGUUUGGAGUUCGCAAACAUAUUGACAUUGAUGAACAAGAACUAGCAAAUAUCGACGAUCGGAAGGCUACAUCUCCAAGGAGGCGAACGUCUAGCAAUAAAGACAUUUCGGAGGAUAACAUGAUACAACGUGAAAUACUUUUGCAAAUUAUGAAGGAAGAUAUUUUGCCAGUUCUACGUUCUGAAAUGGGUGAUAUUGUUGAGGAGAAGAUUAGAAAAGUAAUGAAGGAAGCAGAAAACCAUAACUUCCAGGAAACUUCAUGCAGCAGAUUGCAAGGCGAACAUGACGAGUCUUCAGUAUCAACACAGUGUUGGAGGCAUACACGUGGGGGAACACCGUUGUCAAAGGCUGAUGAGAGAGAAUGCCUUGCAAAUGCGUUGCAAGGGCAUAUUAGAGAGAUUGUAGAUGGGGUCGUGUUUAAGGACAGCGAAUUGCCAGACAAUCUUCUCGCUGAUGGUUGUCUUACAGAGGACGAAUGUGCAGGUGUAAGGAACAAACUCGAUCGCAAGGAUCAAGUACGUACACUCCUUAGUUUAAUAAAGGGAAGGGACUUCGACGUUAUGAAACGGUUUCUCCAACAUGUGAGAUCUCAUAAUGAAAAUCUUGCAAAGAGGAUUGAUGGUAUGUUCGAACAAAAUAAAAAAGGUGGAAUGAGAUGUCGUCAAUGUGUCUAUUGCAAACUAACUUCACAAGUCAAUCUUAAGUACAUCGUUGAUGACUUAUGGAGAUGUCGUUUGAUUGAUGAUGGAUUAUUUAACUUGAUUAUUGAGACAGAUAGACCAGCGGGGGCUCAGCGUGAGCUAUGGCAUGAGGUUUUGAGUUCUCUUAAUAUGACCUGUAAGAAACAGCCAUCUGUUGUCCAAGACCUUCUCCGACAAGCUUUAGGAAAGAAGCAACAUUACAAUUAUUUGUCAAAGGGAGCUACAUGAAUGAUCAGCAAUUACGGAGGACUGGGGUGUGAUUGCGACCGUCUGAAUAACCUUAUGUCACAAAACGAAUCCCUGUCGCAAACAUCGUCGUCAAUGUCCCCGAGGUCAUCGCUAUCCGACUUUGCUGAAAAUACACAAAUUGAUAGAACCCCGGUUAUGAUGUUGAACCAAAAAGAGUUCGUUGCGGAUCCGGUGAGACGUAAGGGUUCCGUAACCUCUCUGAGGCUGCCAAAUGACAUUAUGCCUGAACAACACGGCAUCCAUAGGACGACGUCGAUGUAUGACAUAAAACCAACGAACCAAAGAUCUUUUCCAGCAAAGAAAUCGAGCCUAGAGAGACACAGUAUGUUACCUUUGAGCGAAUUUGGAACAUUUUCAGAUGUAUAAAUGAGGCAUGUGCCAAAAGCAUAGACUUCCACAACCUCUGUAUAAAAAAAGAGUUGUUUGUUCACAGAUUUCAUAAUAAAUAUAUCAAAAUUGCAAAAAUACCAAAUUUCUAAAAUAAAUUGCACUCUUUGUAAGGGCCAUAUGGGGAAAUAAUCGAUCUUUGAAAUUAUUUGUACAAAGCUAGUACAAUACAAAGGUUUGAAUCAUAUUUUCAUCACCAAAUCACGGAUAUUUAUAUAUAAUACGAACAUUAUGUGUUAAUAAUUAUUAUAAUGAUACAACCAACUCUUCUUAGUUUUAUUUGAUAAAGCGAUGUGUCAUACGAGUUGUAUUAUUGCUUAUUGUGUUUAAGAAAUAUGCGUUACUUUGCAAUUGUUUAAUAUCAUGAUACGUUGAAACGUCAAACUCAUUGAAAUAAGUGGUAUGGGACGUCUACUGGAAGGUUGUAGGAUACAGUCUUAUAGGGUUAAAGCAUUCUCUUUCCACCUUUCGCUAGUGUUUCGCAGGUAUACAAAUGUAGUAGCUGAAUUUAACUCCGCUUAUGAUAA